AUGGCUCUCCCGACACUUUCCGACAGCACCCUCCCCACGGAAGUCUGAGGACGAGGACGGCGAAGGAGACUCAUUUGGACCCCGAGCCAAAGGGAGGCCCUGCGAGCCUGCUUUGAGCGGAACCCGUACCCGGGCAUCGCCACCAGAGAACAGCUGGCCCGGGCCAUCGGCAUUCCGGAGCCCAGGGUCCAGAUUUGGUUUCAGAACGAGAGAUCACGCCAGCUGAGGCACCACCGGCGGGAAUCUCGGCCCUGGCCGGGGAAACGUGGCCCGCAGGAAGGCAGGCGAAAGCGGACCGCCGUCACCCGGUCCCAGACCGCCCUGCUCCUGCGAGCCUUCCAGCAGGAUCGCUUUCCGGGCAUCGCCACCCGGGAAGAACUGGCCAGAGAGACGGGCCUCCCGGAGUCCCGCAUUCAGAUUUGGUUUCAGAACCAGGGCCAGGGUGGCGGGGCACCGGUGCACGCAGGCGGCCUGUGCAAUGCGGCCCCCGGCGGGUGUCCCCCCGCUCCCUCGUCAGUCGCCUUCACCCACCCCGGGGCGUGGGGAACGGGGCUUCCCGCACCCCACAUGCCCUGCGCGCCUGGGGCUCUCCGAUGGGGGGCUUUCGUGAGCCAGAGGACAGGGGCCCCUGCCCAGCCCAGCCAGGCUGCGCAGGCAGCAGGAAUCUCCGCACCUGCCCCUGCACUCGGGGCUUUGGCUCCUCCGGAAGUGGGACUGUUCCACCCUCCGGCUACUCGGUGGCCUCUGCACCCCACCAAAUGCCAGAAAGACCAGGACUCGCAGCGCGGUGGCCUGCUGGGUGCGUGCUCGGUGGGACAGCCUGGGCCCGCUGGAGCUGAGUCACACCAAGGUGUGCUGGCGCCACCGACGUCCCAGGGGAGUCGCUGGUGGGGCUAGCCCCAGGUCGCCAGGCCGGCGUGGGAACCCGAAGACAGGGCAGCUCCACCUCCGGAGCCUCAGACCCCAGGAGCCUCCGCGUGUCAGGCACAGAUGCAAGCCAUCUGGGCGCCCUCCCAACCGCUCCAAGAGCCUCAGCGCUAGUCUGCACUCCCCUCCAGUCUGUUAGAUGAGCUCCUGUCAGAGUUUCAGCAAAAUGCACAACCUUUCCUAGAUCCGGCGCCACUGGGGGAGUUGAAGGACGUGGAAGAGCCCGCUCCGCUGGAAUCACUCCUCAACCAGGAGGCACACCGGGCUCUGCUGGAGGAGCUUUAGGACGCGGGGUUGGGACGGGGUGGGGGCAGGGCGGC